AUGUCUGCUUCGUACAGAAGACCUAGCCAUGCUGGAUCUUGGUACUCCGAUAAUGCUCGAACCUUGACAAGAGGACUGGAUGGCUGGUUAGCACAAGUGCCAGAUACUCUUCCACAUGUGGGCUCACUCCCGGUGCCUGGCGCUCGAAUUAUCAUUGCACCACAUGCAGGCUACUCCUAUUCAGGGCCCUGCGCAGCCUACGCAUACAAAGCACUUGACCUGUCCAAGGCCAAGCGUAUCUUUAUUUUAGGUCCAUCUCACCACUGUCCGCUUUCAACACUGGCUCUUCCAAUAGUCAAGUCCUACUACACCCCACUCUCGGAUGACCCUCUUCCACUAGAUACAGAGCUGAUAGCCAGUCUGCAAAAGACAGAGGCAGUCAAGCCAAAUGGCUCCAAAGUCAAGUUCAUAAUGAUGGACCGGGCAACCGAUGAGGAUGAACACAGCAUCGAGAUGCAUCUCCCAUACAUCCACCGCCUCCUUCAGUUACAGUAUCCCGACACUCCGACGGCCCAAUACCCACCGCUAGUCCCGAUUAUGGUCGGGAGUACAUCGGCAUCAACUGAGCAAGCAUUUGGCGCUCUUCUAGCUCCAUAUUUGGCGGACCCAGAGAAUGCAUUCGUCAUUAGCUCUGACUUUUGCCAUUGGGGCCUCCGGUUCCGUUACACUUACUACGUCCCGCAAGCCCCAACGCCAGGCCCUGAUCUUCCUUUAUCCAGCGAAGAGCUUCCUCAGCCUGGAAGGGAGACAAGCGAGAUUGAGCAGGAUAUAGAAUCGGUGUCAGCGGGUCUGCAGCUGCAACGUGGAUAUCGCUCCUCGGGAACAGGGCCGGCUAUCCAUGAGAGUAUUUCGGCUUUUGAUCUUGCCACCAUCGCAGCUAUCACAACCGGAUCCGCAGCUGUGUUCUUGGAUGCUAUUGAGCGUACUGGAAAUACUGUCUGCGGUCGCCACCCGAUUGGGGUUAUCAUGGCUGCACUGGAAGCUGUGAUGGCAGACCGGCCGAAUGGAAAGCAAGGCCUCUUCCAUUUCCUGAGGUAUGAACGUAGCUCAGAUGCGGUGAGUGUCAGCGACAGCUCUGUGAGCUAUGUCUCGGCAUUUGCGGCACUCUGA